UGUGUGUGUUGGGGAAGGUUGGGGGAGCUCAGACAAGGGCACUGAAGAGCUGAAAGGGAGAGGCAAAGACUGAGACAAGCUUGCUUCUUUCAUCCACAUGGGGAACUGUCUAGGCUGGCCAUGUCUGAACCCUGGGAGGCAGGUGGUACAGAGGAUCAAGGCCGUGGAAGGGCAGACACGGCUGCUGGUGGUAGACAAGGAGACGGAUGAGGAGCUUCGCCGGCGGCAGCUGACCUGCACUGAGGAGAUGGCCCAUCGAGGCCUUCCACUGGCCCAUGGGCCUUGGGAACCGAAGCCUGAGUGGGCACAUGGGGGCAGCCUCAGCUCUGAUGCUGACCAAAAGGAUGUCAAUGGGCCCCCGAGAGAGUUUCGUCCUCGGCUCUGUCACCUUCAAAAGGGACCUCAGGGCUAUGGAUUUAAUCUGCACAGUGACAAGUCCCGGCCUGGCCAGUACAUCCGCUCUGUGGACCCAGGCUCACCUGCUUCCCACUCUGGUCUCCGUGCCCAGGACCGGCUCAUUGAGGUGAAUGGGCAGAAUGUGGAGGGGCUGCGCCAUGCUGAGGUUGUUGCAAGGAUCAAGGCUCGGGAGCAUGAGGCUCGGAUGCUGGUGGUGGACCCUGAGACAGAUGAGUACUUCAAGAGGCUGCGGGUCACGCCCACUGAAGAGCAUGUGGAAGGUCCAUUGCCAUCACCAGUUACCAAUGGGACCAGCCCUGCCCAGCUCAAUGGUGGCUCAGUGCGCUCAUCCAGAAGUGACCUACCAGGCUCAGACAAGGACACUGAGGAUGGUAGUACCUGGAAGCGAGAUCCAUUCCAGGAAAGUGGACUCCACCUGAGCCCCACAGCAGCUGAGGCGAAGGAGAAGGCUCGGGCCACACGGGUCAACAAGCGGGCGCCCCAGAUGGACUGGAACCGGAAGCGUGAGAUCUUCAGCAACUUCUGAGCCCCUCCUGCCUCUUUGGGCCUACGUGGGAUCUCUGGCCUGUUCAGAGCUCCCCAAGCCUCAGUGGACUGAAAGGUGGUGUCAUCUCUAUCCAGAAAGCAACUUGUGCCCCAGUGAGCCUCUGUCUUAUCUCCUACCUGCUCAAUGCUGGGGACCUGUCCCAGCAAGGUGAGGAGAGAGACAGAGACAGAAAGAGACAGUGAGAGAAAAAGAGACAGUGGUGGAGUGGGGGCAGAGUGUGACAUCACCAAGGGCCUUUGCUGCUCUGCCCCAGGACUGCUGACUGAAAGAAAUUUGUUUUUGCUUUUUUCCCAAAAAGAUCUCCGGCACCACACGUUUCCAUUUAAUACCAGAGCUCUCCUACCCCCAUGACUUGCUUUCAAAAUAACUGCAAUAAAACAAACCUUUCUCUGCAAACCGUCUCCUCCCCACCUCCUCAGCAGCACCAUCCUGAGAGAAGCCCAGGAGCUUCCAGGGGACAGAGGGCCAGGGGCUCUCAGGCCGUGUUCAUGUGAGCUUUUUUGGGGAAAGGCUGGGGAGGCCAGAUGUGCCUGUAGGAGCUGCCUUCCCUUGUGUGGAGGGUCACUAGGCCAGGCCCCAGCCCCCUGCCCAUCUAAGGGCUUGGAGUACAGGGCCUGGGCUCUAUGAGGGGCCUGAGGAUGGAGGCCCAUGCUCCCAGAAGGGCAGUCUCUGGACAGGCCCCCCUUCCUGCACCCCAGCUCCUAGGCCUGGGAAAUGUGGACAUAAGAACUAUCCCUAUGAAGGACCCCAAGCCUAUAGGCCUAGCCUUUCUUUGCCUUAUGCCUGCCCGGCAUCCAUCCCUACGGACAUCCUAUUGACUCUGCCCUUUCAAUUCCCUGAACUCCUACAUGGACCGGCACUGCUGUCUGCCUUGUAAGCCAUAGCGCAUGCGCGCCCUAAAAAUAAACAGACCUUGCCUUGGAA